AUGAAGAUCUCUUUGAGUUUAAUGUUCGCAUUAUGUUUAAUUUUCACGGUUGUUUUUGCUGCGCCAAUCGCGAAGAAAGAGGAUGAUGAUGAUUUUGAAAUGCAAGGUGGCGGUGGUCGUAACCUUGACUGUCAUACUCCUGAAGGUCAAAGCAAAUUCAGAUGUAGAUGA